CUCGCUUAGCGGGAAAUUUGUGUGGGAUUCCAUUUCGACAUCACACUGUGGACCAACCGACUCCAAACGCUUGACCUGCUCUCUCUAUUCAAGGCCUUCGGAUGCGAUAAUCUGCCUCUCUUUCCCAGCUGCAAGAUAGGCCCGAAUCGCAAAUAUGGCUGUCGGAAAGAACAAGCGUCUGUCGAAAGGUAAGAAGGGCCUGAAAAAGCGGACUCAGGACCCUUUUUCGAGGAAGGAUGAAUAUUCCGUGAAGGCUCCCUCGACCUUCGCCAUCAGAGAUGUGGGGAAGACAUUGGUCAACCGAACGACAGGUCUCAAGAACGCCAACGACUCUUUGAAGGGCCGAAUCUUCGAGGUUUCGCUCGCCGACCUGCAGAACGACGAGGACCACGCAUUCCGCAAGGUCAAGCUACGGGUUGACGAGGUGCAGGGAAAGAACUGCCUGACCAACUUCCACGGUCUGGAUUUCACAUCGGACAAGCUUCGAUCGCUGGUCCGCAAAUGGCAAACUCUGAUCGAGGCCAACGUAACCGUCAAGACCACCGACGACUACCUCCUCCGCCUAUUCGCCAUUGCUUUCACCAAGAGACGACCAAACCAGAUCAAGAAGACCACCUAUGCCCGCUCCUCCCAGAUCCGCGCCAUCCGCAAGAAGAUCACCGAGAUCAUCCAGCGCGAGGCUUCCACCCGCACCCUCGCCCAACUCACCAAACUCAUUCCUGAGGUCAUUGGACGGGAGAUCGAGAAGGCUACCCACGGCAUCUACCCUCUGCAAAAUGUCCAUAUCCGCAAGGUCAAACUCCUGAAAUCCCCCAAGUUCGAUUUGGGCGCUCUGCUCGCUCUGCACGGAGAGUCAAGCACUGAUGACAAGGGCCAGAAGGUCGAGAGGGAGUUCAAGGAGCAGGUUCUCGAGUCCGUUUAAACGCGGCUAGGGAAUGAAAUGAAUGGGGCGUUGGAGAAAGGGAAUUAAAAUCACCUCGCUUCUAGUUUUACAUGUGCUGGCUUUUUAUUUUAACGUGGAUUAUGGUUAAACUACUGUUUUUAUUUUUUCUCUCUUUCCCUUUUUUGAAAACAAACCGUGUAUCCCAUUGAACAAGAAUAGAAUCUGAAAGCCACACAUGUCUAGAUAGCUUAUAUUUUCGAUUUUCUCAAAUGGGUAACACACGGAACUGAUAGUAUCUUUUUUGAACUUCAGAUGCUUUCCAAAUCCCUUGCUCCUUGUUUCCCCCUCCCCGAGUUAACAGCUCGAUUCAUGUAACUUUGCCUUUAUAAGUGGGAAACAAGCAGCUGCCAGUACUUGGACGUGCGACUGCUGUAUAGUUCACCAACUUACUAAUAGCAUGUUUCUCCCGCGUCGUCUUGCAAAUUGACCAACCCUUGAAAAUGUUUUAUAAUAAUAGCAUUCUUGCGAAUUGAAGUGAUUCUAUGUUGGCAUA